GUUCGACUGUUACUCCUCACGCAUGAAACAGAUAACUACUAAAUAGGAGGUGGGAGAUGACUCAAAAUAACGUGUGUCCUUAUUUAUUUUAAAAAAGGCAAUCAUAAGAUCAGACAAACAAUUAAGUGGUAUAAGGAUAAAACACUCCGGUUGGGACAGCAACAUUUGGCACUCUCAUUCUCAUAAGUCUCUUACCGCCAGCCUAGUCCUCGCAAAAGGUCAUUCGCUAAAUACCCACCCCGCAUGAUGGCAGCCAGCAAGGCUAUCCCGCGGGAACGACUCUUGGCUCUGCAGCACGCUUACGACACGCUCUGCAUAUAUCUCGGGUUUCACGACGAUGAAAAGCACUUCUUGCGGCAGAUCCUAGAUGGGGACUUCAUCAGCCCCUUUUUCGCAGAGUAUCGACGCGACUACCUCGAAGCCGAAGCAGAGAUCGAGGAUGUAGAUUGCGAUGAGCUAUUCAGAUGGUGCAGGUCCAAGAACGCGUUCGUGUUGCCCAAGUAUGUAAGCUCUAAGACGCCGAGUAAGGGAAACUGGACGGCGCUCGAUCACGCGGCUCGGUUUCUCGUCCGCGCUCUUCGGUUCAGUUGGGAGAACGGUGGCGAGUGGACGCAUGGGAGAUUCGAUCCUGAUAACGACCAGGAUCUAGAAAGCGACAGGGAGUUUCAUCAGGUCUGGGCCAUCCUGCGGUAUCUUCAGAUAGAGUGGGAAGCCGCUAAUAUCGACGAGUGGGAAGGGGACAGCAUAAGUGAGACUCUCGCGGACAUGUUAUCUAGUCGAUUAUAACCUAGGGAUGAGGUUAAAGUCGGGUAGAUUCGUUCUCUUUGUGUAGCACUAGGUAUAAUGUAGGCUAAGGCGCAUGGGGAUCGGUGGCGAUUCGAAGCGGGUAGUAUGACUAGAGCCAAUAUUUCUACUGAUAGGCCCUACAUUACCAACUCUUAUUCUAUUCCGUUAUAUCUACAAA